CCUUAUAACCAGAACUAAUGAUUUACAAAACUCAUAUACACGAAACCCAAACUUGUCUUGGUCUUUCGCUUUUUCUCAUUACUAAUGGCUCAACGAUUUCAUCUUUUCCUCUUCUUAAUCUUAUUUGUUAAUCUGAUUUGCUUUUCAAGUCAACAAGACUUAAGUUUCGUCUACAAUGGCUUUAACCAAGACCGAACCAAUCUUCACCUUGACGGCUCUGCAAAAUUCCAAGAUGGACUUUUGCAGCUAACCAACGCCACGACUCAACAAAAGGAUCAUGCUUUCUAUAACCGACCAUUCGAUUUCAGUUCAGCUUCAUCUCACUCUAUAUCUUUCUCGACUCAUUUCGUUUGCGCUCUUGUUCCUAAGCCAAGAAGUGACGGUGGUCAUGGGAUCGCCUUUGUUCUAUCAUCUUCAAUGGAUCUUACACAAGCAGAUCCAACUCAAUACUUAGGACUCUUCAACAUCUCAACUAAUGGAUCUCCUUCUUCUCAUGUUUUAGCUAUCGAGCUUGAUACGGUUCUGAGCGCUGAGUUUGAUGAUAUCGACAAAAACCAUGUCGGUAUAGACGAGAACAGCCUCCAGUCCGUAGUUUCUGCUUCAGCUUCUUAUUAUUCAGACAGAGAAGGGAAGAACAAAAGCUUGAAACUCUUGAGUGGAGAUCGUAUUCAGGUAUGGAUUGAUUAUGAAGAUACUCUACUCAACGUUACUUUAGCACCAUUCAAAAAUCAGAAGCCGAGUAAGCCUCUUUUGUCAAGAACUAUCAAUCUCACAGCAAUCUUCCCUGAUCGAAAAGCAUUUAUAGGGUUUUCGGCUGCGACUGGAUCAUUGAUUAGUUAUCAAUACAUCUUAGGAUGGAGUUUCAGCAGAAGCAGAGUAUUGCUACAGAGUCUUGACAUUUCUAACCUUCCCAAGGUUCCUCGUCCCAAGAAACCUGAUGAAACAUCUCAUCUGCUUAUUGCUAUACUGGUUCUACUCGCUAUCGUAGUAAUCGCGGUUCUUGGAGGGUUUUAUAUCUAUAGGAGAAAGAAGUAUGCAGAAGUUAAAGAGCCAUGGGAAAAAGAAUACGGUCCACUUCGUUAUUCCUAUGAAUCUUUGUGCAAAGCAACCAGAGGGUUUAACAAAGAUGGUCGUCUUGGAAAAGGUGGUUUUGGAGAAGUGUAUAAAGGAACUCUUCCUCUUUUAGGAGAUAUAGCUGUGAAGAGACUAUCACACGGUGCAGAGCAAGGAAUGAAACAGUUUGUAGCUGAAGUUGUGACAAUGGGAACUUUACAGCACAAGAAUCUUGUUCCUCUACUCGGGUAUUGCAGAAGAAAAGGCGAGUUGUUGCUGGUCUCUAAGUACAUGGAAGGAGGUAGUGUUGAUCAGUACUUGUUUCACGGCGAUAAACCUCCUCUUUCUUGGUCUCAAAGACUCGCGAUAUUGAGAGAUAUCGCAUCUGCGCUCUGUUACUUGCAUACAGGAGCUAGUCAAGUUGUUUUACACCGAGAUAUUAAAGCUUCUAAUAUUAUGUUAAAUGGAAAUCUCCAAGGGUUCUUAGGAGAUUUUGGGAUGGCUAGGUUUGAUGAUCAUGGAGCUAACCUCUCUGCAACAGCAGCUGUAGGAACAAUAGGUUACAUGGCGCUUGAGCUAACAUCAACAGGAACUUCAACAAGAACGGAUGUGUAUGCAUAUGGUGCAUUUAUGCUUGAAGUAACAUGUGGGAGGAGACCAUUUGAUCCCGAGCUGCCGGUUGAGAAACGGCAUUUGGUCAAGUGGGUUUGUGAAUGCUGGAGGAAAGGUUCUAUACUUAAUGCUAUAGAUACAAGAUUGAGAGGUAAGUUUGUACCCGGGGAAGUCGAAAUCGUUCUGAAACUAGGGUUGCUCUGUACAAGCAUUGUACCAGAUGCAAGACCUAACAUGGAACAAGUGGUCCAAUACAUAAACAGACACCAAAGAUUGCCUGAGUUUUCUCCAGACACUCCUGGAAUUGGAGUUUCCACUCCGGUUUUAAUGGGAAUACCAUCGUUAGCGAUCACUUCCAGUUCAGUGGCCUCAUCAGUAUCAGCACGAUCAGCCUCUCUUUCCUCUGCCAACAACUCAAUGUUCAUUUCUCACACAAUCAUUUAUGGUGAUGGAAGAUGAAACUUUAACCACUUUUAUUCACAUUUCUUUAAUGUACAUCAUAGAGACCACAUCUGUCUCAAUAUUGUCCCUAAUGCUUAAACUUUGUAUUAGUUAUGUUGUAGAACAGUUUUUUUGUUCUUCUGUAGCACUAAGAUGUGGCAGAUUUGUCUAAUUAAAUAUUG